AUGCUUCAAAGCUUACAUCUUGUUUGGUAUGAGGAUCGCAUGGAUCAAGUUAGCGGGCAGUGUUCUCAAGAUGCCGUAACAAAAUUGAAGGAAGAGGGCGUGAAAUUCGAAGGAUACAAGGCAUCAAAACAGUACAAAGCAAGACUCCGUGGCGCAAGGGUUGGCGCGUCUGAUCCCGAUGCUAUCAUCAAAUUAGCUUUCUUUAUUCAUGAUCUUCAUGAACAUAUUAGUAGUCUUCAUAGAAAGAACUGGACAGGGAAUGGUAACUUAAAACCAUUUGAAUUGCAUCGGGGACAGUCAUUGCAUCGACAGCAGUUUGAUCUUGUGCAAAACAGCAUCGAUGGGUUGUUAAGCUUCAAUUGCUUCUUGUCAACUUCUUAUGAUAAGGAUGUAGCUCUCAUGUUCGCCAAUGCUAGUGAAGUGAAUUCUGAUACUAUUAAAGUUGUUUUCAAAAUGACCAUUGAUCCGACAAUCGAGUCCACACUGUAUGUUGAAACUCAAAAUAUCUGUGCUUACGAAGCAGAAGAAGAAAUACUUUUUUCCAUGCAUUCUAUUUGUCGCAUAAAUUAUUGUCAACCAAUGAAGCGUAGCGACGAUGUAUGGGAAAUAAGCCUGAUACUUACCAGUGACAAUGAUCCAGAAUUGCAAGCAAUUACUGGUGCCAUAAGAGAUCAAGUAAAUGUUGUACCUGGAUGGCAUCGUGUUGCUAGUUUGUUUCUAAUAUUAGGAAAAUUUAAAGAAGUGCACGAAAUAUGUGACAAUCUUCUGCAACUGCAACAGGCGAAUGAUAUCGGGGAAAUAACAAAUUUGCUUUAA